UGGGUGGUAUCUACCAGGUGAUCCGUAGUAAAUGCAGUGCAUCUGUGGAAGAACUUGGAGAGCAGUAUGUUCUUUUGGGACCUUACAAGGAAACCAGUGUCAGGACGGAGGUUGAACUUGGGGAUUUUCCAGACGACUCCCCACUUACAGCUGCUGUUAAUGAAAUCAGAUCAUUAGGAUGGAGGGUACAUACUGGUCGGUGGCUGGUCGAUGGAAACCCCCAGAUUAUUCUUUUUGAUAUUGGUUCCUCAUCUGAUAAACUCUUUACGUACAAAACCGAAUUUUACGAUAGCUGUAAAAUAGGUAUUCCACAUCACGAUAUUGAAUGUAAUGAUGCUGUUCUCUUUGGUUUCAUGGUAGCAAAGUUCAUUGAAGUGUUUCAGUCACAAGCACUUGACUUCAAUGAUUGUAAACCCCGAAUUGCUGCUCAUUUCCAUGAGUGGCUAGCAGGUGUUGGUCUAAUUAUGUUGAGGACUCGUAACAUUGAUGUUGCCACAAUUUUCACCACACAUGCCACACUUCUUGGAAGAUUUCUGUGUGCAGGAGCUGUUGAUUUUUACAACAAUUUAGAUAAGUUCAACAUAGAUGAAGAAGCUGGAAAACGAGGCAUAUAUCAUCGUUAUUGCAUGGAAAGAUGUGCUGUCCAUCUUUCACACACUUUUACUACCGUUUCUGAAAUUACGGGUGUAGAGGCCGAAAAUUUGCUGAAAAGGAAACCAGAUGUGAUUACUCCAAAUGGUUUAAAUGUCAAGAAAUUUUCAGCACUUCAUGAAUUCCAAAACCUCCAUGCCCUCUCUAAGGAGAAGAUAAAUGACUUCAUUAGAGGGCACUUUUACGGGCACAUGGACUUUGAUUUAGAUAAAACUUUGUACUUCUUUAUUGCGGGGCGAUACGAAUUUGGUAAUAAGGGUGCAGACCUUUAUAUUGAAGCCUUAGCAAGAUUAAACCAUUACAUGAAGGUAAGGCAUGAUAUUUUUUAUUGAUCUGUAAUAAUGUAA